GCAUUCACUGUUCAAAAUGUCACUGUUUACCAGUGUAUUUCGGCAGCUGUCUGCAUGUUUUACACCGUCAUGGGGCAGAAGGCUGAGCCCUCAAAGAGCAGAGAUGAGUGCAGAGGUAGGAGAAAGUAAGGUCAUGUCCACAAAGAAACACCGCAAGGUGAAGUCCUAUCAUGGACAGAGACCGGAGAAUGAGGGAGAGGGUCUGAAAGACCAGGCUGAAGAAGAAAAAGAAGCUCCCAGCCUUGAAAACCUACAGAUCACAGAGAAAGAAGGAGGAGAACCUGGAGCAAAGAAAAGAAAGAGGAGAAAGCUGAAAAGCAAAAAGACUCCUCCUCUUCCCAUAGAGGUCAAACCUCUGCCAGCUUCAGCCUGUUUCUCCUCUUUACCUCCAGUUGGAGAUCAAGCUGAACAUUCAGAUGUCCUCGCUCUCCCAGCUGCUUGCCUCAAACCUCUGCUGAAAAACAAAGAGUCACUUCCUCAUCUUGUUGAGGUCAAACCUCUGCCAGCUUCAGCCUGUUUCUCCUCCUUAACACCUUUUGGAGGUCUACCUGAACAUCCAGAAGUUCUCGUUCUCCCAGCCUCUCACCUCAAAGCCCUGCCGCCUCUCUCAAAUCCAGCAUCCCAUCCUCAAACGCCUGUUGAGGAAACUGAACACGUGCUUCCAAGCUCAGUCAUUCCAGUGGCUCCAUGUGUCUCUCUAGAACCAGUCCUCCUUCCCCUCCAGAGCUCUUCUGUGGUGGCUUCUCUGUGCUCGAUUCCUCUAAUCUCUGCAUUUGAUGAGGUUGUGUCUCUUGAAAAGCCUCAAGCAUCUGAGUUUUCUCCCUCUUCAGGCCUCAUGCUCUUUGACUUUGAGGAUGAGGAGCUUGAGUUCAUGGAGUACACAGAGGAAAACAUAGAAGCUUUCUAUGAGUCUGAAAUGAAGCCGAGGCGGAUGGCGGCUUGGUUGGAGCAGGAGGAAGUGACGGAGGUCCAGAAAGAUGGAGGAAAGGGAGCCUCGCAGGUCAUACAAAACCCGCUAAAUGAGGUGUCUCGUGAAAAGGCGUUUGAGGAGCUCCUGAUUCAGGCGUUCUGCACCGGACCUCCUGCGUACACUGAAAUCAAGAGGAGGGUGAAGCCAAAGAGGAACAGCCCGCUGGUACUGUUCAGCUUGAUGGAUGAGAAGGUGAAGAAAAAGCAGGAAAAGAAAGUGCGGAAGGAGGAGGAGCGAAAUCAAAGGGAUCUCCUGCUGAAGCGCUACAGAAAUGAUCCCGAACUCAAACACUUGUGGAUCAAUAAGCACAAUCCCAACUGCAGCUGGCUCUGAAGCAGAUCACCGUCCCUCCCUGACAUUCCCUCUACUCCUUUACCCUACUGCACAUUCCUGCCUGUAAAUAAAAAUAUGUGCAAAGCAAAG